UGGCAGCAAACGUCCUCGCCAACGAGCCAGCCUCUUCGCUCGCUUCCCUCGCUUCCUUCGGCUCAAGUUGGAACCAUGGGCUGGGCCCGGGGAGGACCUGGCCGCGAUCCAUGGUGAGGCGUCGCCAUGCAUGGCUCAGCGCGAGCCUGCUUUUAUAUUCUGCUUCUUCGAGCUUCUGCAACUGGAGAUCCUUUGCGCCGUCACAGGUCCGCCUACGAGGGAAACCAGAGCCUGUAGUGGAGCCGGCAGCAUGGGAGAAGGUCGCCCAGACGGCCGCGGACGUCUUCGGGGACACCUCGGAGUUCUUCGUGGACACGCUCUCGGCAGCCUUCCAGGGGCAAGAAGAGCUAGUGGCAGAGAACGAGUCCGCCUCCAAGCUCUUGGGAGAAGUGCCUGGCGAAAGUUUGGCGACCCUCCAAGAGGCCGUGAGGACGCAAUCGCAGUCUGUAAGCAUCUUUUUGGAGCAGGCGUCGUCCUUGAGCAUCGCGCCAGCAGAGUUCACCAGCGCUUUGGGCUUGGUGCGGAGGAGUAGCAUCGAUGUGGAGGACAAGGUGGCCGACGUGCUGGGCGAAGCAUUGCCAACCUCACAGGAGGUCCUUGCGCCCAAGAAGGGCCGGUAUGGGCUCGCCGUGCACGACGCGGCAGCCAGAACUGGCGCCGAUGGCUGGGUGGUGCCUGUAAGAGCGUGGAUCUAUCGAAGAAACGAGCAGCGCCAUCGCAUUCGCAUGACGCUGGCGCGAAAGAUCAUGAUGGAGAUGAUCCACGGCAUCAAGAACGUUAGCAAGGAAGGAUUGAGGCGAUAUGAGGAGCGUGGGCGCCUGAUCUUCCGCACCUUGGCCUUCCGUGGGGGCGAGCGCAACGUGGGCCUUGCCAUCAAGUUCGACGGGGAGGACAAGUGGCGAGAAAUGCCCCCGACCAACGGGAAAGGCCGAGUUGAGGUGGACGUUCCUUUGCCCGUCCACCUGGUCGACGCUGCUUCUGAGGGCGGAAUUCUGAACUUCACGGUUCUCCUGCCUGAAGACAAGUCGCGGAAGAUCGAGGCAAUCAGUGCUCGAGCUUCUGCGCUGCUCAUCCCACCGGAGGGGGUUCUAGUAAUCUCGGACAUCGAUGACACUGUCAAGGUGACCGAGGUGUUCUUGGGCAAGGACUCUGUCGUGAGGAACACAUUCCUGGAGGAGUUUCGCCCCGUCUCGGGCAUGGUGAACCUCUACAGGUCAUGGGCAGAGGAGUUCGGGGCAGCCUUCGCCUUUGUGUCCAACUCGCCGCCGGAACUUCAGGAGCCGCUGCGGGAGUUCCUGGUCAACUCAGGCUUUCCGAAGGCUCCGGUUUUCCUGCGGCCCCUGGGUGGAUCCAAGGAGGAGCGCGCCAAUUUCAAGGAGAUGCAAAUCUCAGAGCUCCUGCGCCAGUACCCGCGGAAGAAGGUCGUGCUCGUGGGAGAUAGCGGCGAGCGAGAUCCCAUUGUUUGCGCUGAGUUGCUGCGAAGGCAUCCGGUGCAAGUCAUCAAAGUCCUCAUACGACAGGUGAGCCCGGACAUGCUGGUGGACAAGGAGAUAUUUGCCGGAAUUCCAGAAGAUCGGUGGCAGGUGUUUUCGGACCCUGCGGAGGCUGGUCUUCCAGAUGAGCUGCGAGAUCUCGCCUCAGUGCCGGGAUUCUUGAGCUUCGCAGCAAGCCUUGGAUCCAAAGCCAUCAAAGGUGCGGCUGCCGGUCUGGAGGAUACGCCGGUGGCUGCCAACUCCUGACAUCGCCCAGCGGUUUUCCAGCCAUUCUCGGAAAACGGUUCCAUUUUCGCUGCUUUAAAUUUC